CGUGUUAACGCGUUACGGCGAAUGGCAACAUGGAAAGAGGAAAAUCAUUAUUUACACGUGCUCCAAGACCGAUCGAGUUCUCCGUAUUGUUAUAAAAAUGGCUUUAAAACGAUUGAAAACUAAAAAAUCCAAGCGCUUGACCGGCCGACUAAAGCACAAGAUCGACAAAAAAGUCAGGGAACAUAACAGAAAGGAACGUCGCGCGGCCAAAAAGAAUCCAAAGAAAGGCAGCAAAAAGCAAAAGCUGAUACAAAUUCCCAAUAUAUGUCCGUUUAAAGAUGAGAUACUAAAGGAAGUGGAGGAAGCGAAAAAACGCCAGGAAGAGGAACGCCAAGCCCGUCGUGAGGCGUUCAAGGCAGAACGCGAGCUGAACAAAGCCAAGACGUUGGAGUCGAUGGUGAUGGAUGCUGACAUGAGGGGCACAGUGCAUGGUAUUAUGCAUGAAAACGAUGAUGUAGAUGGAAAUGAGAAGAAAUACAAAAACGCGUCCACAAAGGAGCAAUCGCUGAAGCAAUACUUUAAGGAGUUUCGCAAGGUUAUUGAAAACGCGGACGUAGUGCUAGAGGUAGUCGAUGCACGCGACCCACUUGGAACGCGUUGCAAUGAAGUAGAACGUGCUGUGCGCAGUGCACCAGGCAACAAGCGUCUCGUACUUGUUUUGAAUAAAGCUGACCUAGUGCCAAGAGAAAACUUGAACAAUUGGAUCAAGUAUUUGCGACGUAGUGGACCUGUAACAGCAUUUAAAGCCUCCACACAAGAUCAAAACUCCCGACUCGGCCGUCGUAAGCUGCGUGAAAUGAAAACCGAUGAGGCCAUGCAAGGAUCAGUUUGCAUUGGGGCUGAGCUGCUUAUGUCCAUGCUGGCCAACUACUGCCGCAAUAAAGGGAUUAAGACAUCAAUUCGUGUUGGUGUCGUAGGUAUACCGAAUGUUGGCAAGAGUUCCAUCAUCAAUUCCCUCACUCGAGGACGUUCGUGCAUGGUGGGCAGCACACCAGGCGUAACAAAAUCCAUGCAAGAAGUGGAGCUAGAUUCGAAAAUCAAAUUAAUUGAUUGCCCGGGUAUCGUCUUCACCAGUUCUGCCAACAAUGUAGAAAACUCACAUGCUGUGCUUAAGAACGCGCAACGUGUUGGCGACGUUAAGGAUCCAUUUACUAUAGCAGAGAGUGUUUUAAAGCGUGCCAGCAAAGAGUAUUUCUGCAAAAUGUAUGAUAUUGCCAACUAUGAUACUUUCGAAGAGUUCUUUGCCAAAAAAGCGGCUAGAAUGGGAAAAUUCCUUAAGAAGGGUGUGCCCGAUGUUGUGGCGGCAGCACGCAGUGUAUUGAAUGAUUGGAACACAGGCAAGAUUAAAUACUGUACACAGCCACCAGAGACCCAGGAUAGUCAUGAUGUGCACGUAAGUGCGGCUAUUGUGCACGCGGAAGCCCGUGAGUUCGAUAUUGAUAACUUUGAGGCAAUGGAAACAGAUAUAUUGAGCAAAUGCGAGGUGAAGGCUGACGAAGUAAUGGAAAUAACUUCGACGGGUCCACUUGAAUUGAAAACACCUCGUGCUGAAGAACAACCAACAGCUUCAGCCAGUGCAGUGAUUAACGAAAAAGAAACAUCUAAAAAAGGUCGUAAGAGAAAAGCCGAUGACAAAAAAGAAAAGCCAGAUCCGGUAUUGCUAUUAGAAGAAAACCAAUCGCUAAACAAAAACAUCAAAGAGGGACAGAAAAAGAAGAAAAAGCAAAAUGCUCGCAACGAAAAGAAACUAACCAAAAUCACAGAUGUAUUGGAUAACUUUAGCUUAGGUUCGGCCAGCACAAAAGCUGACAAGUAUGAUUUUGACGAAGACUAUGUUAUUGAAUAAAACUGUUAUGAAAUGACUAGAUAAUUA